AUGGUGAACUGGAUCCUCGGCGAGAAGUUCUACCAGCGGUACCCUCAUCUGGAUGGAGUCAAAGCUCUGUGGGAAACCAAGUGGAAGUUCCCCUGCUCGCUCGGGGUGUAUCCUUUCCACGAUGGCAAGCUCGAAGACUUCCAACCCAUCUUCGAAAGCCUGAUCAGGGAUGACGUGAACGAUGCGUACACAGACAAAUACACCGAGUACUUCAUGCCGACGGCCGAAAAACUCACCGACGCAGCCAUGUCAGCCCAAGCCUCGGACAGAGCCAAAGCCGCCGCCCUGUUCAAGCGUGCCGCGUGUGUGUAUCGAAUAUCUCGGUUCCCUUCUCUCGAGGCUGGCUCAGGAUUGAAGAGAAAGGCAUUUGAGCUACAAAAGCAGGUUUACUUGAGAGGUGCAAGCUUGUGGGAGGCUCCUAUGAAAGAGGUCAAGAUUCCCCAUACUGCGGCAGAUGGUGAGGACGGCAAGGAGAUACCGCUGUUCGUCAGGCUUCCGCCAGGAGCAAAUAGUGAGAAGAAAUGCCCCGUAGUGCUGCUGAUCACAGGAUUGGACGGGCAUCGACCCGACAACACAGAGGUAAGCACAUCAGGCGCUCUGGUGUACUCACACGCACUCCGACUAACAGCAUGGCCACAGCGAACUGACGAGUUUCUGGACCGUGGUUGGGGCUGUGUGAUCACCGAAAUCCCAGGAACAGCCGAUUGCCCGGCAGCCCGUCGUGACCCAACGUCCCACGAACGAUUGUUCACCUCGAUUCUUGACUGGAUGGACAAGCAGCCGUCGUUCAACAUGCGGAAAUGCAUGGCCUGGGGUCUUUCUGCUGGGGGUUACUGUGCCAUUCGGCUAGCACACACUCACCACUCGAGGCUUGCUGGGGUUAUUGCCCAGGGCGCCGGGAGUCAUCUGUUCCUGAGUCGAGAAUGGCUUGAACACGUCGACGACCACGAAUACCCGUUUGUCCUUAGCGAAGCAUAUGUUGCCAAGUACGGCUACCGGGACUGGGAAGAGAUGAAGGACAGGGCUCAAAAGGACUUUAGCCUUGUCGAAAAUGGUAUUGUGAAUGGACCCUGCUGCAGACUGCUCCUAAUCAACGGCACCCACGAUGGGCUUGUUCCCAUCGAGGACAACAUCCUUCUCAUGAACUAUGGCCGCCCAAAAGAAGCCCGGUUUUAUGACAAAAUGCUGCACAUGGGCUAUCCACCGGCAAAUGAGAGCAUUUGGCCCUGGAUGGAAUCCAUCAUGGCCACCGCGUCAUGA